CAGAGCUCCAAUGGACCAGUCAAGAAGUCAAUGAGAGAGAAAGCCGUGGAGCGUAGAAAUGUGAAUAAAGAGCAUAACAGUAAUUUCAAGGCAGGGUAUGUUCCCAUUGAUGAGGAUCGCCUCCAUAAAACUGGCCUGAGAGGCAGGAAAGGCAAUUUAGCCAUCUGUGUGAUUGUCCUCUUGUUUAUCCUGGCCGUGAUCAACUUAAUCAUUACGUUAGUUAUAUGGGUUGUAAUUCGGAUUGGUCCGAAUGGCUGUGAGAGCAUGGAAUUUCAUAACAACGGUUUGCUCCGGUUUAAACAAAUAUCAGACAUGGGAAUCAUACAUCCUUUAUACAAGAGUACUGUGGGAGGACGGCGUAAUGAAGAUCUUGUGAUCACACUGGCAACAACCAGCCUGUGAUUCUUCAACAAGGUUCAACAAAGCUUAGUGUGGGAAAAAGCAAGACCUCCAUUACCAGCGAUUUAGGCAUGGAAUUUGUGGACCCAAGAACCCAGAACACUUUGUUCAGCACAGAUUAUGAGAAACAUGAAUUUCAUUUACCCAAGGGAGUGAAGACCUUAAAUGUUCAGAAAGCAUCUACAGAAAGGAUUACCAGCAGUGCAAGCAGCGACCUUAAAAUCAAUGUGGAUGGGCAUAUCACUGUGCGUGGUAAUGAAGGAGUUUUUUGUUUUUUUCAUCAUGGGAAAGACAAUAGAUUUUCGAACAGUGGAAAUAUUGUGCUAAAAGCAGAAAACAGCAUUGUUCUGAAUGGCAGUGUGAUGGUCACUCCUUCUCGAUUACCUACAGCUACAGGGGAGCUGAUGUAUGAUGACGGAACAGAACGUUACAAGCUGUGCAUGUGUGCAGAUGGGACUUUAUUUCGGGUAUUAGUGGAGAGCCGCAAUAUGGGAUGCUUAACUUCUGUCAAUCCUUGUGGCUCAAUAUAUUAA